CAAGGGCUUGAAAUGGUUCAAUUUUUGCCGACAAACCCGGCAGUCACUUGUGACCCGAGCUGGAUAUUCUCCCCUGUGUUCUCGUUCCUUUGAAGAAAGAAUCUGAUCUGAAUUGUCGCCUCCGCAUAUUUCCCCGCACGGCGCUACUCAGUGAAAAGCUGGGGUAUCGUGUAAAUGGUUCGACAGCAGUAACCCGGAUUCUUUGCUAAUUGGCGAAGACCCCACCAUUUUCUCGCCAGAUCCGAUGGCAACCAGGCGAAGGCGAUGAGCGACAGACCGCAAGACUCUCAUUCAUAUAUCUUACGAAGUUGUCCGUUUGUCUUUCGAGUUUGUUGGUUGCUAAAUGGCCUCGGAUUUCAUUCCUGCGCGAACCAACUUUAUAAUUCCUGAUACAGGCCUUCAACAUCAUGGGUGGAUUCCGUGCCGUUGAAGAUCGGCCAACGCCGAAAGAAGUGUACAAUUGGCGGCUGUAUACCGAAGCUGCAAUCAUUGCGACAGGUUCUCUUCUCUUUGGCUAUGACGGUGCAUUCGUUGGGACGACAAUCGCCCGCGCCAGUUUCAAAAAAGACUUUAAUAUUUCGCCGGCCGAUGCCAACAGCAUCUCCAGUAAUAUCACGUCUGCGUUCCAGGCGGGAGCCUUUUUCGGUGCCAUUUUUUGCUUCUUUAUUACGGAAAAGGUAGGCCGGAAAUGGGCAUUGUUCAUCUCCAACGUCGUAUUUCUCAUUGGCGCGGUCAUUAUGACUGCAGCUACGCGUUCACUCGGCAACAUUUAUGCUGGUCGAGUUCUCACCGGUCUUGCCUGUGGCGGAAUCACCGCGACCGUUCCAAGUUAUAUCGCUGAGCUUUCGAUUCCUUCUAUCCGUGGUAUACUCACUGGUCUCUUCGAAAUCGCAUAUCAAAUCGGGUCGGUGAUUGGCUUUUGGAUCAACUAUGGAAUCAACCAGAACAUGGAUGUAAACUCAACCGCUUCGUGGCGCAUCCCUAUGGCUAUCCAAAUCGUUCCAUGUGGUAUGCUACUGAUUGGAGGGGUAUUUCUUCACGAGAGUCCUCUUUGGCUCUUUCGAAAAGAUAGAGCGGAAGAUGGAACCAAGACACUGGAAGGAAUUCGUCAUCUUUCUCGAGAUCACGAGUACUUGAAAGAAGAUAUACAAAUGAUUCAAGGCCGUCUGGUAGAAGAAAACAACAUUGCGAGCAGAUAUGGAACUGGGUCGUGGGCACUCUUCCGUGGAGCCCUUUACGAACUAUCAAGGAAGGGGAUGCGAAACCGUAUCAUUCUGGUCUUUUGCUCCUUUGCGCUACAAAAUAUGUCUGGAGCCGCAGCCAUCAACUAUUAUUCACCAACGCUUUUCGCUUCGCUCGGAAUCCAAGAUGUCUCUCUAUACACUGGCAUCUACGGCCUUGUCAAAGCAAUCGCUUCAAUCCUGUUCUACGUCUUUUUGAUCGAUAUAUGGGGUCGCCGACACCCAACCAUUAUCUCCUCUAUCGCUUGUUCGCUCUGCCUCUGGAUCAUCGGUGCAUACGUCAAAAUCGGGCACCCAGCCGACAUCAUCAAAGCUGGACAUGAGCUUUCACCAUCCACAGCGGCUGGUGGCAAAGCUGCAACUGGCAUGAUCAUGAUAUACUCAGUCUUCUGGUCAUUUGGUCUUAACGGUAUACCUUGGAUCGUUGCCGCCGAAAUCUUCCCAGGCGCCCUACGUAACUUUUCUGGAACAUGGGCAGCGCUCUGCCAAUGGCUCACCCAAUUCGUUAUUACCAAGGCGCUACCCUACAUUUUCACCUCGCUGGGCUAUGGUACCUGGUUCUUCUUCGCCUCUUGGAUGUUGCUUGCAACCAUUUGGGCCUUUUUCUUUCUGCCAGAAACAAAGGGCAAGACUUUGGAUGAGAUCGACAUUAUCUUCGGGUAUACGGAAGAUAGAAGGGAGUUCUUCCCAGGCCAAUCAAAUGGUGAUGUCAUCAAGGAAGAUGCAGAGGUAUUCACAAAGGACUAACCCAUCCAUAAUUGAUGCGCUCUUUCAUUAUUUUAGUCUAUUGCAUUAAUAUUUAAUGAUCAAGAAUGUCUUGUCGUAUCUGG